AUGCCCGCCCACAGCGAAUCCGCAGAAGAUGCUACAGAUAGUCUGCCUUAUUUGCAGCGCAAUCGAUCCUCUCUAUCAGAGACGGUGAGGAGGAUCGAUGAAGAUGAAGCACGCCAGAGGUAUGAGGCUCGUGCCGAAGAGCAGGGUCUGGACGAAAAGGAGAUGGCCAGCCCCAACUCAUCAAGUGACGAAGAUGAGCCGACAAUAAUAUCUUGGGAUGACGGUGAUCCAGAGAACCCGUACAACUGGUCACAUACCAAAAAGUUUCUGAUCCUUUGCUUAACCAUGAUGCAAGUCAUCAACAGCACAAUGGGCUCGGCCCUCCCAUCCAACGCGAUACCCUUCAUAACCGCCGAAUGGGGCAUCACAAACGAGCAACAGCAGGUCUUGCCCAUUUCCGUCUUUCUCAUCGGCUACGUCUUCGGGCCUGUAGUCUGGGCACCUCUCAGCGAGCAUCUCGGCAGGAGAAUGUUGACCAUUGUCACCUUUGUCAUGUUCACCAUCUGGACCAUGGCCUGCGCCCUCGCACCCAGCUGGCCUGCGUUUCUCUUCUUCCGCUUCUUCACGGGCGUGUUCGCCAGCUCACCCAUCGCUAUCGUGGCCGGUAUCCUCGCAGAUAUCUACGGCGACACCGAGACCCGCGGCCGUGCCAUGACAGCCUUCAUGGUCACAACCACCUUCGGCCCUCUCUUCGCCCCGAUCGUGUCCGGUUUCUGCUCCACGACAAUAGGCUGGCGCUGGUCCUUUUGGGUGGCUCUCAUCUACGCCGGCCUGACCCUCAUGCCGAUCCUCCUUCUCCCCGAGACCUACGCGCCCGUCCUGCUCCUCCGACGAGCACGAAAGAUACGCAAACUAGACCCCUCCGCCGCCGUCAUCGCGCCCCGCGAGAUGGAGAGCACAGACUUCAAGCACAUCGCAACCGUCGUCCUGACCCGCCCCGUACGCAUGAUCAUCUUCGAGCCCAUCGUCAGCUGCACGUGCGCCUACCUGGCCUUAGUAUACACAAUCUUCUACAUGUCCUUCCAGGCCUUCCCCAUCAUCUUCCAGAAGCUCUACGGUCUCUCACCGGGUGUGGCUGGCCUCGCCUACCUCCCCAUAGGCGCCGGCGCCCUGCUGGUGGUGCCCAUCUUCAUCGGCUGGGAGCAGGGCCAUCUCCGCGCGCAACGCAACGGUCACGCAUGGGCCAAGCGCGAAGAGUUCCGCCGUCUCCCUUUCGCCUGCGUCGGCGGACCGCUGUUCUUCAUCUCUUUGUUCUGGCUGGGCUGGUCUUCCAGAGAAGGCGUCAGCUUCGUCGCGCCCAUGCUGGCGGGCAUCCCGUUCGGGAUGGGCUUCAUGCUCAUCUUCAUCGCCCUGCUCAACUAUCUCACCGACGCCUACGAGAUCUUUGCUGCCAGCGCUAACGCGGCGGCCUCGACGAGCCGGUCUCUGCUCGCUGUGGUGCUGCCGCUGGCGACGACACGCAUGUUUAACAAGCUCGGCAUUGCUGGUGCUUGUAGCUUGCUCGGUGGGUUCAGUGCUAUCAUGUGCAUAAUCCCCUUCAUCUUUAUCUGGAAGGGCGAGCAGAUUCGAGCGGGAUCGCGGUUUUGUAUCGCGCUUCAGGAGAGGAAGGCUGAGAUGCAGAGAAAGGUUGAGGAGCAGAAGCAGAGGGAGGAAGCGAGGAGGAUCAGGUUGAGGGACAGUCCUGCCCGGAAAGAGGAGGUUUGA